AUGUCUUACUACGAGCCCCAGGGCUGGCAAGCGCCUGCUGCGCGCCAGGUGUCGUGGGAACAGCCUGCUCCCCCGUCGCGAUCCGGAUCUAGCUCCGUCUCUCAGCGCGACGAGAUCCCGGCCUUUUCCUCCCAGUUCGACGGUAUGGAUAUCUUGACUGCCCCAUUCCGCGUUCCUCAUUCGUCUAUGGAUCUUGCCGAUUUCUUCACUCGCCGGACAUGGAAAAUAUAUGAUCAUCAUAUCUGUGAAGCGGGGAUUUGA